CUUUGCAAAUUCUUCAUGCUGCUUCUGGGCUGCGUUUCAGAAGAAUCAAUGGCCAUUCGAUGGAAACGAAAAGAAAAUAUAUAAAAUGAAUCAAGGUCUUAAAAAAUACUGGGUCGCGCGUGGUGUGGCUAUGUUGGCCCCGAACAAAUGGGCCGUUGGGUUCGGUCCUCAACCUUGACUUACCUUCAACGUCAUCUUCGGGUUCCAUAUCCUCGUCAGAUUCCCAAUCGUCUUCACUUAGCGACACCCGUCGAGCCUUCUUGCUGCUCGAUGUACUGGAUCGAUCCGACUCGUUUCCAGCGUCCAACGAAAAGUCAUCCAAACCCUGCAUACCACCCGGUGCAUCUGAUAAAAAAAAAUCCCCCAUUCGGUGUUAUAAAACGGUUACGCAUAGACUCCCAUUUGGCUUUUUUUUGGGGGGGGGGGAGCCAAUCCGUCUUUUCGCAAAACCCACCUGGUGGCAUAUUGAGCACUUGAUCAGUUUCGGCAUUGUAACGAAUUACGUUUUUUUUUUUCCGUUAGCAUAAAGAAAAGCAACAUGGCUAUAUACAAUCAUACGCCAUUGUUCUGAACAAAGAUGCUCGAUGAGUUUACUUACUGAGAUUCGGAGGCUGAUGUGGCGUUACUGGGUCUU